AUGACAGCGCCAGACAGCGAAAACUACCAAAUCUUCCGCGACUGCGUAUCGAGCGCAAUCGUCGCGAAAUUCUCUCCGACACCUCGAACCAAGAAAGCGCGACGUCCGCGCACAACCCCGCGCCAGAAGUCCAGCAGUCGAGCAGACCCAAAACCGGAUGCAGAACAAGUCCAACAAAAUGAGUUCACUAGAACGGAUCCAGAAGACCUGGCCGACUUUAUCGACUUCAUAGCCACAGAAACCUUCCCAUCACUCCAACCACCCUCACUCCAAACCCUCACCUACGACCCCAACACCGACUUCACAAGCGACAAAGAAUACAGCCCACAACACCUCGCCGAAAGGACCUCGCACACCCUACCCGCCUCCAUCACAGAUACCCUAACAGCGUACGCAGUCAUCGAAUCCGCGUCCGACAUUCCCUAUUUCCUCGCGCCGAUACUAGGCGAGUACGUAGCGUCGGUGACGAAGCCGCCGCCAGUGUGGGCGACUACGCGCACGGAUGCGUGCGAGAUCUGUGAGCGGGAUUGGAUUCCGCUGUCGUAUCAUCAUUUGAUUCCGAGGAGUGUGCAUGCCAAGGUGGUCAAGAAGGGGUGGCAUGAGGAGUGGAGGUUGAAUAGUGUGGCGUGGUUGUGUCGGGCGUGUCAUAGUUUUGUGCAUCGCAUGGCGAGUAAUGAGGAGCUGGCGAGGGAGUGGUUUACUGUUGAGAGGAUUUGUGAGAGGGAGGAUGUGAUGGAUUGGGCGAGGUGGGUGGGGAGGGUGAGGUGGAAAGCUAGGUAG